GCGAGCAGGCGGAGGUCCGGCCGCGUCCAGGAGCAGCGGCCGCUGGGCGAGGAAGCGCCCGCCUCCGGGUUCGGACCCGCAGCCCCGAGCCCCAUCCUCAGCGACGCCAAAAGGCCCGGCGGGUCACCCGGAGGGGCGGAGCCAGAGCCUGACCCGGUCCACACAGAGGAGGUGUGUCACUCCACCCCGGAGCCCGCCCCCCCCAGGAGAAGACAGCAGCAGCCAGCCAAGAGGCAAGUCCAGCAGAGGGCCCCCCUAAAGAAGCCCUGGGAGAACCCCAAACCCAGAGCCCGCUCCAAGAGCCGGGAGCGCUCGGCCACGCGGGCCAGAGCCCCCCCCCCCCCCGCCGGGGGGAAAGCUCAACACCUCGCUGGGGUCCAACGACACCUUCGACUUCGACUGCGAGGAGGCCGUCCACGUCACGCCUUUCAGGGCCAAGAUGGAGGACGUCCAGCCGCCCCCCCCCGUCUGCGAGGGGGGGGCCCGGACCCAGGCCCCGCCGGGGGGCCAGACCAGCUCGUCGUCCCCCUCCUCGGAAUCGGAGGACAGCCUGUACGUCCCUCAGAAGACGAGGAGGAGGCAGACCUGCCCCGAAAGGCCCAGAGCGGUCACCACCCGCAGGGGCCGGCCCUCCAGGGGGACGAAGCGCCCACCCCCAAAGCGUCAGAGGGGGGGGCGGAUCUCCACGGAUCUCCCCCCGAGUCCAUUCUCUCCAACAGCCCCGAAACGGAGAGGCUGGAACAGGAAGAUCUCCGUUCAGGGCCACAGAGGGAGGAGGACGGCCUGCCCCCCGUCAGCCCUCUGGUCGAGGCCGAGAUGAUGAGAAUAAACAGCGUUCUGUCCAAUUUUGGGGAUUCUUCCUGCGAAGCUCCCGGUCUUUUACGCCACCAAACGCCACAGAGACUCAAAACCUGCACCAAGCGUGGGCUUGGUGUGAGGAGAGGAGGGAGGGGCUUGAGUCUGUGUGAUGUGACCAAUCUGUCCCCUGCAGCCUAUCGCAGCCUCUCAGAUGCCCGGGGCUCCGCCCCCUCCGGCCCCGCCCCAAAGCGGCGCUGCACCAUGGCCGUGGACUACAAGGAGCCCUCCCUAAACGCGAAACUGCGCCGCGGGGAUAAGUUCACCGACGUGCAGUUCCUCCGGUCCCCCAUUUUCAAGCAGAAACCCGGCCGGAGGUCUGUCCAGAAGUCCAGGAGCUCCGUGGGCAGCCAGCAGCCGUUUGAGAAGUACAACGAGUCUUUUGUUGGAUGUGGCUGA